UGCUUGAAAAUUAAGGAUAAUUUGUAGCUGGGAUGGAACAUUACAUCCUGUCAUUUUUCUUCUUAAAUUAAGCGCCAUUAAACUGUCGAAAAAAAAAAAUAUCGUUGCAUAGUCCAAGUUCGUGGAUAGUGUAAGUUCGUAGAUUUUCAGUUUGGAAUAACUACACGCGCUAGAUUUUGACAUCCUGGAGACGAAACCCGGAAUUGAGUAUUGCAAACAAUCUUUGUACAACUGAGAACAAAAUAUUGAAAUGAAAUGCAUUCUAAACAGAAGCUGUACGUUCUCUUAAUGAUGGCAAGCAGCAAACCGGUCGGUCAGUGUUGCAAACAUGAUCCAAAUUGGCGCAGCAAAGUGAAUUGGCUUUUGAACAGCCUGCGCGAUACGCUGAUUCCUGCCAAGUACAUCGCUCGCUUUUACCACCUGCUGUGCACAUGUGAGGAGCACGUGGCCAGAGAAAUGGGGAAUCCUUGGGAAUCGAUUACUGAUGAGCAUUUGGCUGAUGCUGUAAACUUCCUUGACAACCACAUCUCUCAGAAUCCACGAAACCCUGCCAGCCAGGUAAUCCGUAAAAUGCUGGAAGAUCUGAGAAAAGCUGGCGAAAUCAAUGAACAGAAGGCCAAUAGAGAUUGCCCACAUCCUGUUCGCCAAUCAAGCGCCCUUCGGCUGCUGUUCCUCCUGCGGCGCUGUAUUGAACAAGAUUAUGGUAUGUUUGAAUCAACAAGGCAGAGCGUUCAACAACAACAGCCAAGAGUUCCUGUUCGUGUUGAGCGGACCCAAACCUUUGAACUGCGCGGGAUAACGGAAGAAAUGAUCGGGCACAUUAUCGGCAAUAAUGGUUCUAAAUUACUUCCCCUGCAAAGGCGCCAUGCGUGCAAGAUAGUUAUUGAGUCCAAAAAAGAUGGGGAAAGAAGGAUCGUAAAUGCAGUGAUUACCAAGAAGGUGAAGAACGUUGACAGUCUGAAAGAAAUAUAUGAUGACCUGCAAGCAUUAGCUGACGAUGAGAAGUCCAGUUUGGAACGUUAUCAAGGCAAUGUGGACAUGGAACAAGAUGAUUCUGUAAAUUCUGACGACUCUGGAAAUUUGUCAAGUCCUGCUGAAAUUGCUAACCUAUCACUUGGAGCCACUGGAACUGAUGAACCUCCAGCCAAUCAGCUUGGGGCUUCUCAAGGAACUGCAGCCAAUCAGAGAGGGGCUUCUUUGAGUGCUGCAGCCAAUCAGCAGGGAGCUUCUUUUGGAAAUCCUGCCAGUCAAGAAGGGGCCUCAAAUGCAGAAGACAAUCGCAAUGCGGGUCCCAAUGCCAAUGGAAAAAGGCCGGCAGCGGAUGCUCCAAUUGCUGCGAUGGGUGGAGCAGCCAGCGCGGAGGAGCGUCCGUCUGUCUGUCUAGUCCAUGACCGGCGGUGGGCGGCCACGUUCCAGUUCAUGCUGUCCCGCUGCUACACAAUCAUCAACCUGGCGCGAAAGGAGUGCAGACCUUUCUGGAGGUUCAUUUGCGUGUGCGAUGAACCAAGGCCAGAUGUGCGCCUGUAUUUUCCGGGGACUAUCAACCACAACAUGGAGAGGUUCAAACAUGCCCUCGGAGAAUGGCCCCACGAGUGUCAGACCAUCAUUCAGCCUGUGAUUGGUCAGUGCGACCGAGGAGAGAACGCAGAGACCUGGUUCAGUCUGGUCAAAUUUGCAUUCGCAUAUGACGCAAUUCUGACCAAACAUCCGGAGAUGUUACAUCAGGAUUAUAAGCUGCCUGGAGUGGAUUUUGUCAAGCGAUUGAAUGAGGCUGCCAGUCAGCCAGGCCCAUCUGGUAGAGAGGGUGGAGCUGAAGGGGGUGUGGCAGCUGGAUGGGGCGUGCCUGGGGUGGCAGGGGCAUCGGGCAUUGAGAGAUUCACACACACUACGGCGGCUACCACAGCGGCUGCAUUACCUGAUAGGCCUGACAUGGUUGACAACAGACUGGUGACGUUGAAGCGGGUGACGCCGGCAGAUUGGGACGAGGACUGCUAUUUCCACGGCAAGAAGAAGAAGUUUAAGUUUCAGUGCGUGACCAAUCUCCUCCACAAGGAUGGCCAGCUUCCUACCGGCCUCAACAUACCCUUCUCUCUGGCUGUCUGUGUGUGCAAUGAAACAUUUGAUCGCAAGGACUACUAUAAGACAGAGAGGGACCUUGAUAGCGACUGCCUCACCAUGAGGAUACACUUGAAGUGCGUACGCGGAGCCGGGAAAGCCACGUUUGAGCCUCUCAUUAAAGUUCUUGAAGACUACCAGAAAGACAAACAGAUCACAUGUGGGCUCGUGAAACUGGUGUACCACUUUAACCAGGUCCUACGCAAGAAACUGGACGAGUACACUAUUUUAAAAAGGCUUCAUAAACAGCCGAAGUGAUCUUUUAAAUAAUGUUUACGUACUUCAAUAAUAAGAUUUCAGACUUGGUUUCAGUAAUUGUUAUGUAUUGUAUGCAUUAUGUAACUGUUGAUUCAA